UUGCAAUUGUAACUUCUUCCACAGGAAAGUAGCCCUGAAUUUACGCUAUAAAUAUUUACCUUGUGGGCUUCCACUUUCUGGUCUUCCUUUCACCUUAACUUGUGCACACCCGAGUUAUCCGAAUCCUCUACUAUAGGACAUGACAGGUGCAACAUGCAUUGAACUUACCAGUGUCCCACCACAGGAUGAGGUCAGGUUAAAUGAUGAAGAUAUUGAACAGUUGCUUUGCGAGGCUGAGGAUCGCUUGAGGCCCAGUGAUACUCGGACCAAUGCUUCCAAUGCCGAUAGCUUGACCAAUGUGGGUUUGGAAGCAACCUCAGUUCAUAUCCCUAAGUUGGCACCAGGGGGCUCCCUAAGACCAUAUGUCCGUCAACAAGAUGAUGUUGCGGUUGUGGAAUAUGCCAUGGGAGCAAUGAAUAGCCCCAGCAUCAGAUCGCCACUCGAGAUGCGAUCGACUGGAUCUAAAAACUCAAAGCCAAGUUCCAAGGACAAACCCACAGCUGGCAGCGCUUGGUUCGACCUUCCAAAGACGGAGUUGACCACAGAACUCAAGAGAGACCUGCAGUUGCUUCGGAUGCGCUCAGUAUUAGACCCGAAGAGGCAUUACAAAAAGGAGGGCGGCAAAGCACGCCCUCCUCAGUAUUCUCAAGUGGGAACCAUCAUCGAAGGUCCGACUGAGUUUUUCAGUAGCCGCAUCGCUAAAAGGGAUAGAAAGAAGACUUUCGUUGAAGAAGCACUGGCAGCGGAGCAAGGAAACAAGCGAUUUGAGGCUAAGUACAAGGACAUCCAGUCUGUCAAGCAGAGCGGCAAACGUUCCUACUACAAGAAUUUGCGAGCGAAACGGAACACGAGGAGCAAGUGAAUGCAUUGGCUUCUGUUCAGACAGUCAUAAUGACCAGUCUCUGGACAAACGCAACCCAAUUUGAAGUCUAUGGCAUUGCCGGAGCGUCUAGUUGUGCCCCAGUGCUCAAAUAGUCUUCCCCAUUCGCGCUGGCUCACUGACCACCGAUCGUAUCUCCAUACGAACCUGACUGAAAGACAUCCGCGAUGGUUUGUAUAACAAGCUUCU